AUGCCCCGGACAUCUAUCUAUCUAUCUAUCUAUCUAUCUAUCUAUCUAUCUAUCUUCCGCGCUCUCCGAACUGGAUUAGCACUUUGGCUUGGAAAUUAUUUUCUUACAUUUUCUUUCAAUUAUUUGCGUCUAUCAUUUAUUUGUUUUGUGUCAUGUGAUGUUCUCUCUCUCUCUGUCUCACUCUGUCUCACUCUCUCUCUCUGUCUCACUCUGUCUCACUCUCUCUCUUCCCCUUUCAUUCAUUUGCUUUGCCUUUGUUUUCUUCUUUUUCAUCUUUUUAUUCUUUCUAUUCAUUACAUCAUUUUUUAUUUAUUUUUUCUCAUUUUUAUUCUGUUUUUCUUUAUUUUCCAUUCUCCUUUCUACCACCAUUUUGCUCUCAUCGAUCUAAUCUUUCAUUUCUCGCUAGAUUCAUUUGUAUUUGUUCUUUUGUCUGCCUUUAAUUAUAGCCAGACCGUAUUCCUUAUUACUUUGAGCUCUCUAACUUAUUUCACUUUUGUCUCUAUCUUCUUUCACCUCUCUCUCUAUCUUCUAUCACUUCUCUCGCUUUCUUUCACCUCUCUCUUUCACUUCUUUGUCUCUAUCUUCUUUCCCCUCUCUAUCUCUCUAUCUUCUAACACUUCUUUCUCUCUAUCAUUUCCCUUCUCUCUCUAUCUUCUUUCUUCUCACUCCCUGUCUUCUUUCACCUCUCUCUCUAUCUUCUGUUACUUCUCUCUAUAUUUUCUUCCACUCCCCUCUCACUCUAUCUAUCUUUUAUCACCUCUCUCACUAUAUCUUCACCUCUCUCUAUCUUCUUUCACUUCUUUCUCUCUAUCUUCUUUCACCUCCCUCUCUAUCUUCAAACACUUCUUUCUCUCUAUCUUCUUUCACCUCCCUCUCUAUCUUCUUUCACCUCCCUCUCUAUCUUCUUUCACCUCCCUCUCUCUUCUUUCACCUCCCUCUCUAUCUUCAAACACUUCUUUCUCUCUAUCUUCUUUCACCUCCCUCUCUAUCUUCUUUCACCUCCCCUCUCUAUCUUCUUUCACCUCCCUCUCUAUCUUCAAACACUUCUUUUCUCUAUCUUCUUUCACCUCCCUCUCUAUCUUCUUUCACCUCCCUCUCUAUCUUCUUUUCACCUCCCUCUCUAUCUUCAAACACUUCUUUCUCUCUAUCUUCUUUCACCUCCCUCUCUAUUUUCAAACACUUCUUUCUCUCUAUCUUCUUUCACCUCCCUCUCUAUCUUCAAACACUUCUUUCUCUCUAUCUUCUUUCACCUCCCUCUCUAUCUUCUUUCACCUCCCUCUAUCUUCUAUCACUUCUUUCUCUCUAUCUUCUUUUCACCUCUCUCUCUAUCUUCAAACACUUCUUUUUCUCUAUCUUCUUUCACCUCUCUCUCUAUCUUCAAACACUUCUUUCUCUCUAUCUUCUUUCACCUCCCUCUCUAUCUUCUUUCACCUCCCUCUAUCUUCUAUCACUUCUUUCUCUCUAUCUUCUUUUCACCUCUCUCUCUAUCUUCAAACACUUCUUUCUCUCUAUCUUCUUUCACCUCUUUCUCUAUCUUCUUUCACCUCCCUCUAUCUUCUAUCACUUCUUUUUCUCUCUAUCUUCUUUUCACCUCUCUCUCUAUCUUCAAACACUUCUUUCUCUCUAUCUUCUUUCACCUCUCUCUAUCUUCAAACACUUCUUUCUCUCUAUCUUCUUUCACCUCUCUCUCUAUCUUCAAACACUUCUUUCUCUCUAUCUUCUUUCACCUCCCUCUCUAUCUUCUUUUUCACCUCCCUCUAUCUUCUUUCACCUCCUCUCUAUCUUCUUUCACCUCUCUCUCUAUCUUCAAACACUUCUUUCUCUCUAUCUUCUUUCACCUCUCUCUCUAUCUUCAAAAACUUCUUUCUCUCUAUCUUCUUUCACCUCUCUCUCUAUCUUCAAACACUUCUUUCUCUCUAUCUACUUUCAUCUCCCUCUCUAUCUUCAAACACUUCUUUCUCUCUAUCUUCUUUCACCUCCCUCUCUAUCUUCUUUCACCUCCCUCUCUAUCUUCAAACACUUCUUUCUCUCUAUCUUCUUUCACCUCCCUCUCUAUCUUCUUUCACCUCCCUCUCUAUCUUCAAACACUUCUUUCUCUCUAUCUUCUUUCACCUCCCUCUCUAUCUUCAAACACUUCUUUCUCUCUAUCUUCUUUCAUCUCUCUAUCUUCAAACACUUCUUUCUCUAUCUUCUUUCACCUCCCUCUCUAUCUUCUAUCACUCCCUUUCUCUCUAUCUUCUUUUCUCAUCUCUCUCUCUCUCUAUCUUCAAACACUUCUUUCUCUCUAUCUUCUAUUUCUUUUCUCUCUCUAUCUUCAAACACUUCUUUCUCUCUAUCUUCUUUCACCUCUCUCUCUCUAUCUUCAAACACUUCUUUCUCUCUAUCUUCUUUCACCUCUCUCUCUAUCUUCAAACACUUCUUUCUCUCUAUCUUCUUUCACCUCUCUCUCUAUCUUCAAACACUUUCUUCUUCUUUCACCUCUAUCUUCUUUCACCUUCCCUCUCUAUCUUCUUUCUAUCUUCAAACACCUCCUCUCUAUCUUCUUUUUCACCUCCCUCUAUAUCUUCAAACACUUCUUUCUCUCUCAUCUUCUAUUUCACCUCUUUCUCUCUAUCUUCUUUCACCUCCCCUCUCUAUCUUCUUUCACCUCCCUCUAUCUUCUAUCACUUCUUUCUCUCUAUCUUCUUUUCACCUCUCUCUCUAUCUUCAAACACUUCUUUCUCUCUAUCUUCUUUCACCUCUCUCUCUAUCUUCAAACACUUCUUUCUCUCUAUCUUCUUUCACCUCUCUCUCUAUCUUCAAACACUUCUUUCUCUCUAUCUUCUUUCACCUCCCUCUCUAUCUUCUUUCACCUCCCUCUCUAUCUUCUUUCACCUCUCUCUCUAUCUUCAAACACUUCUUUCUCUCUAUCUUCUUUCACCUCUCUCUCUAUCUUCAAACACUUCUUUCUCUCUAUCUUCUUUCACCUCUCUCUAUCUUCAAACACUUCUUUCUCUCUAUCUUCUUUCACCUCCCCUCUCUAUCUUCAAACACUUCUUUCUCUCUAUCUUCUUUUCACCUCCCUCUAUCUUCUUUUCACCUCCCCUCUAUCUUCUUUCACCUCCCUCUCUAUCUUCAAACACUUCUUUCUCUCUAUCUUCUUUCACCUCCCUCUCUAUCUUCUUUCACCUCCCUCUCUAUCUUCUUUCACCUCCCUCUAUCUUCUAUCACUUCUUUUCUCUCUAUCUUCUUUUUCUCUCUCUCUAUCUUCAAACACUUCUUUUUCUCUAUCUUCUUUCACCUCCCUCUCUAUCUUCUUUCACCUCCCUCUAUCUUGUAUCACUUCUUUUCUCUAUCUUCUUUUCACCUCUCUCUCUAUCUUCAAACACUUCUUUCUCUCUAUCUUCUUUUUCCUCUCUCUCUCUAUCUUCAAAAACUUCUUUCUCUCUAUCUUCUUUCACCUCUCUCUCUAUCUUCAAACACUUCUUUCUCUCUAUCUUCUUUCACCUCCCUCUCUAUCUUCAAACACUUCUUUCUCUCUAUCUUCUUUCACCUCCCUCUCUAUCUUCUUUCACCUCCCUCUCUAUCUUCAAACACUUCUUUCUCUCUAUCUUCUUUCACCUCCCUCUCUAUCUUCAAACACUUCUUUCUCUCUAUCUUCUUUCACCUCCCUCUCUAUCUUCUUUCACCUCCCGCUAUCUUCUAUCACUUCUUUCUCUCUAUCUUCUUUUCACCUCUCUCUCUAUCUUCAAACACUUCUUUCUCUCUAUCUUCUUUCACCUCUCUCUCUAUCUUCAAACACUUCUUUCUCUCUAUCUUCUUUCACCUCUCUCUCUCUAUCUUCAAACACUUCUUUCUCUCUAUCUUCUUUCACCUCUCUCUCUAUCUUCAAACACUUCUUUCUCUCUAUCUUCUUUCACCUCCCCUCUCUAUCUUCAAACACUUCUUUUUCUCUCUAUCUUCUUUUCACCUCCCUCUCUAUCUUCUUUCACCUCCCUCUCUAUCUUCUUUUUCACCUCCCUCUCUAUCUUCAAACACUUCUUUCUCUCUAUCUUCUUUCACCUCCUCUCUAUCUUCUUUCACCUCCCCUCUCUAUCUUCUUUUUCACCUCCCUCUAUCUUCUAUCACUUCUUUCUCUCUAUCUUCUUUUCACCUCUCUCUCUAUCUUCAAACACUUCUUUCUCUCUAUCUUCUUUCACCUCUCUCUCUAUCUUCAAACACUUCUUUCUCUCUAUCUUCUUUCACCUCUCUCUCUAUCUUCAAACACUUCUUUCUCUCUAUCUUCUUUCACCUCCCUCUCUAUCUUCUUUCACCUCCCCUCUCAUCUUCUUUCCUCUCUCUCUAUCUUCAAACACUUCUUUCUCUCUAUCUUCUUUCACCUCUCUCUCUAUCUUCAAACACUUCUUUCUCUCUAUCUUCUUUUUCACCUCUCUCUCUAUCUUCAAACACUUCUUUUCUCUAUCUUCUUUCACCUCCCUCUCUAUCUUCAAACACUUCUUUCUCUCUAUCUUCUUUCACCUCCCUCUCUAUCUUCUUUUUCCCUCUCUAUCUUCUUUUCACCUCCCUCUCUAUCUUCAAACACUUCUUUCUCUCUAUCUUCUUUCACCUCCCUCUCUAUCUUCUUUCACCUCCCUCUCUAUCUUCUUUCACCUCCCUCUAUCUUCUAUCACUUCUUUCUCUCUAUCUUCUUUUCACCUCUCUCUCUAUCUUCAAACACUUCUUUCUCUCUAUCUUCUUUCACCUCCCUCUCUAUCUUCUUUCACCUCCCUCUAUCUUGUAUCACUUCUUUCUCUCUAUCUUCUUUUCACCUCUCUCUCUAUCUUCAAACACUUCUUUCUCUCUAUCUUCUUUCACCUCUCUCUCUCUAUCUUCAAACACUUCUUUCUCUCUAUCUUCUUUCACCUCUCUCUCUAUCUUCAAACACUUCUUUCUCUCUAUCUUCUUUCACCUCCCUCUCUAUCUUCAAACUUCUUUCUCUCUAUCUUCUUUCACCUCCUAUCUUCUUUCCUCCCUCUCUAUCUUCUUUCACCUCCCUCUCUAUCUUCAAACACUUCUUUCUCUCUAUCUACUUUCACCUCCCUCUCUAUCUUCUUUCACCUCCCUCUCUAUCUUCUUUCACCUCCCUCUAUCUUCUAUCACUUCUUUCUCUCUAUCUUCUUUUCACCUCUCUCUCUAUCUUCAAACACUUCUUUCUCUCUAUCUUCUUUCUCUCUCUCUAUCUUCAAACACUUCUUUCUCUCUAUCUUCUUUCACCUCUCUCUAUCUUCAAACACUUCUUUCUCUCUAUCUUCUUUCACCCUCCCUCUCUAUCUUCUUUCACCUCCCUCUCUAUCUUCUUUCACCCUCUCUCUAUCUUCAAACACUUCUUUCUCUCUAUCUUCUUUCACCUCUCUCUCUAUCUUCAAACACUUCUUUCUCUCUAUCUUCUUUCACCUCUCUCUCUAUCUUCAAACACUUCUUUCUCUCUAUCUUCUUUCACCUCCCUCUCUAUCUUCAAACACUUCUUUCUCUCUAUCUUCUUUCACCUCCCUCUCUAUCUUCUUUCACCUCCCUCUCUAUCUUCUUUCACCUCCCUCUCUAUCUUCAAACACUUCUUUCUCUCUAUCUUCUUUCACCUCCCUCUCUAUCUUCUUUCACCUCCCUCUCUAUCUUCUUUCACCUCCCUCUAUCUUCUAUCACUUCUUUCUCUCUAUCUUCUUUUCACCUCUCUCUCUAUCUUCAAACACUUCUUUCUCUCUAUCUUCUUUCACCUCCCUCUCUAUCUUCUUUCACCUCCCUCUAUCUUGUAUCACUUCUUUCUCUCUAUCUUCUUUUCACCUCUCUCUCUAUCUUCAAACACUUCUUUCUCUCUAUCUUCUUUCACCUCUCUCUCUAUCUUCAAACACUUCUUUCUCUCUAUCUUCUGUUACUUCUCUCUCUAUCUUCUUUCACCUCUCUCUCUAUCUUCUAUCACUUCUCUCGCUAUCUUCUUUCACCUCUCUCUCUAUCUUCUGUUACUUCUCUAUUUUCUUUCACCUCUCUCUCUCUCUAUCUAUCUUCUAUCACCUCUCUCACUAUAUCUUCAUUCACCUCACUCUCUAUCCUCAUUCACUACAUCUUCCUUCUUUCUUUAUCUUUAUUAAAUUUAUAUUUACAUUUUUGUACGUUCAAACCCUGCCCAAAUUACAACCAUUUCUACUUCCCAUUAUCCUCACUGGUUUGUUCCUUAUAUUUUGGCAUUUACUAAAUUUAACUGAUUCUGGAACUCUACCAGAACUGCAAUUGAAAACCAAUGUCACCGCACAGAGCGAAUACUCACGCCCCAUCAGACUUGUUCAUUAUUUGCCCACGUAG